CACAGAAUGGCUGAGUCAGCGGAUGUGCAGCAGUCGCGUCACCCCACAGAUGUACUGCUGGAAAAAGCCGCAGCGCUGGGCUGCCGACCCGAGGACCAGGCCUUCGCUGUUGCCAUGGAUACCGAGGACCCCCUGCGGGGACUGCGGGAAGACUUCCAUAUCCCCAAGAUGAAAGACCUUCCGCCAACCGACCCCACACUAGUGUGUGCAGACGAUGACUGUGUCUAUAUGUGCGGGAAUUCUCUCGGUCUCCAACCUAAAGGAGUAAGGAAAUACUUGGAACAAGACCUGGACUACUGGGCAAGAUAUGGUGUUUUUGGUCACUUUGAGGGGCCCAGACCCUGGGCGCUGUGUGAUGAGUACGUCACUGAACAGAGUGCCAGGAUCGUGGGAGCCAGGCCGGAGGAAGUGGCCUGUAUGAACGGGCUGACGGUCAACCUGCACCUCCUACUGGUGUCCUUCUACCGACCCACGUCAACAAGGCACAAGAUCCUCAUCGAGGGAAAGGCCUUCCCAUCAGACCAUUAUGCGAUGGAGUCCCAAAUCCGUUUCCAUGGCUACGACCCGGCUACAAGUCUCCUGCUGGCAGAGCCCAGACCGGGGGAGCAGACCCUGCGGACGGAGGACCUGGUGUCGCUGAUCAAGCGGGAGGGAGACGCCAUCGCUGCGAUCGUGUUCAGCGGGGUGCAGUACUACACAGGACAGCUGUUUGACAUGGAGACCAUCACACGCGCCGGCCACAGCAAGGGCUGUGUGGUAGGGUUUGACCUGGCCCAUGCAGUGGGAAACGCAGAGUUACAUCUACACGACUGGGGAGUCGACUUUGCCUGCUGGUGCACAUACAAGUACAUGAACUCGGGAGCCGGAGGCUUGGCCGGUGCUUUUGUGCACGAGAAACACGCGGCUGCGGACAUGCCGAAGCUCCUGGGCUGGUGGGGACACAAGAUGAGCACACGCUUCCGGAUGGACAACAAGCUGGACCUGUCGCCGGGGGUGAACGGUCUCCGGGUCAGCAACCCCCCGCCCCUGCUGGUCAGCCCGCUCCUGGCAAGCCUCGACGUGUUCCAGAAGACGACGAUGGCUGAUCUGAGAAGGAAGUCUGUCCUUUUGACGGGUUACCUCGAGUUUCUGAUCAAGAAGUUUUACCCGAAACCUGCUGGCAGUGAAAUGAAACCUGCGGCCAGCGAACCAAAAGCGGCCAGCGAAGCAGCCAUCCGGCCCUGGGUGGAGAUCAUCACGCCCUCUGACCCCGCCCAGCGCGGCUGCCAGCUGUCACUCAUGUUCUCUGUGCCAAUCGGAGCCGUCUUUACCGAGCUGGAGAGGAGAGGGGUCGCGUGUGAUAAGAGGGAACCCAACGUGCUGCGCAUCGCCCCCGCGCCGCUCUACAACUCCUUCAGCGAUGUUCACCGAUUCGUCUCUCUGCUGGGACAGAGUCUACAGGCCGCACAGUUAUAACAUCGCUGCUGGGACCGAGUCUCGCGCUGCUGGGACUGAGUCUCGCGCUGCUGGGACCGAGUCUUGCGCUGCUGGGACAGAGUCUACAGGCCGCACAGUUAUGACAUCUGGGGCAGGCUAUCUGUUCUUCACAAAACAGAAAAUGUUUAAUGAAUAUUAGGGACCUAUAUAUAUAUUUUUACUUGUUGUAAUCCAAGCCAGUAGAUCACAUGCAGAAAACCCACUGAAUGAGGUGGAACAUAUGGUUGAAUGCACCAAAAUCAUGUUUAAGUUUUACAGUAAUUCUUAGUGUAACGUGAUGUCCAGAAUUUGAAGCCGUUCAUAGCCAGGCAGACGGGGUGGCAAUCAGCAGGGAAAGGAAAGUCAAUGACAAAGAGUAAACUUACAGUCCUUUAUUUAGCAAAAUAUUCUGGGAUACAUUUCAGACUUUGUUGUAGCUGUACAUAAAUUUGCCACACGUACAUCAGGGGUGCCUAAGCAUCUGCACAAACCCUAUGAGAUUCGAAGGAACAUUCGCCCGAAUCACUAUGCGAAAACGCACGAACCUUAUGAAAAUCACACGAAUCACUAUGCGAAAAAAUACGAACCUUGUGUAAUUCGCACAAAUCAUUAUGUGACACACACGAACCUUAUGCAAUUUGCACGAACCUUAUGCAAAACCGACCGACCACCGCCGGGUCACGUGAUAUUACAUCAUUCGCAUAAGGUUCCUGCAAAUCACAUAAGGUCCGUGCAAAUCACAUAAGGUUCGUGCAAAUCACAUAAGGUUCGUGCAAAUCACAUAAGGUUCGUAAGUUUUCGCAUAGUGAUUUGUGUGAUUUUCAUAAGGUUUGUCCGUUUUCGCAUAGUGAUUCUUGCGAAUCACAUAAUAUUCGUACGAAUCUCAUAGGGUUGGUGCAAAUGCUUAGGAACCUCUGUACAUGUAGCCAUGGUAGAGGACCAACACCAUCUGCCCCAUAUAACUGGGACAGGGACACCUGCAUGAGGAGGUGUACGUUACUGAACCCGACCGUUGUAAUUCAUCAAUCUGAGAUUUGUCAUUAAAUCUUCAUACACGGGC